AUGACCCCUUCCAGAUGCAACUCAGAGAACAGGGCUCUAGACCUUCAUGUACAUGUCUGUACCCAGGGCCUGACACCCAAGAGUGGCCUUCGGGGGGAAAUGGUUUCUGUGAGCCUAGACCUAGUGCAAUUGUACAAGGAUGGGCUCUUCAGUGACCCACAACUGGCCCGCCCACCCCUCGCUCUGGCUGCCUUCGAGUGCCUGGCUAGGAGCCAUACCAGCAGCUUUUGGGAGCUGCUGCGGCAAUUCUGGGCCGACCAUUUCUCGCGGCGCUUCUCACCACGGCGGCCGCCGCUGCGCCACAUCUCCUCCAUGUCCACCUUCUAUCUGCUGGACCACCGGACGCGCCAGGCGGAGUUGGGCCUCAGCUACGGUGAGCCGCGCACUCGCCUCAACAACGAGGCUUUCGUGUUCCGCAGCGGCCGGUGGACAGCGGAGGGCCAGCAGGCGCGGUCACGGCCGCGGCAGUCCUCGCCGACCAUCUCGGGUUGGAAACCGCAAGUACAGCGAGUCAAAACCCAGAUGCUAUUGGAGGAGAACAACUACCUGAAGCUGCAGCAAGAACUACUCAUGGACAUGCUGACUGAGACCACGGCGCGCAUGCACCUGCUAGAAAAGCUCAACCCCGAGAAGAGUCAGGCGCGCGCCUGGCAGAGGAAGAUGCGCAAGCGUGAAGCCACCGGCGGCGUGCUCAUGAUCGAGCCGCGCGCUUCGGAGUCCCGGUGA